CCUUUCAUGUGAGCCAUGCUGUGUGUCUGAAUGAAGUCUGUUUAAUGUCUUUUGUAAGCUCAGACAGCUUUUUACUUUUGAACACUCAUUUGUGGUCGUGCUACGAUGUCUUUAAUACGAAAUAUUCUAAAGAUGGUGGUGGUUCUUGGUGUUCUGGUGUUGACUGUGCAGUUUAUAAGAUACUGGAUGGCAAGUAAACAAUAUGUCUUUACUAAAGAAGAUGUUGCCAAGUUAGCCAAACAGUAUGCAGGCCAGGAUCAUGACCAAGCCUUCUCUAAGGUGGUGGUGGAGCUCCGUAAGAGGUAUCCAGGCCACAUCUUGCCUGACGAGGACCUGCAGUGGGUGUUUGUGAAUGCCGGUGGGUGGAUGGGCUCCAUGUGUCUGCUGCACGCCUCUCUCACAGAGUAUGUGCUGCUCUUCGGGACAGCAGUGGACACGGGUGGACAUUCAGGUCGUUACUGGGCAGAAAUAUCAGACACGAUCAUAUCUGGAAUGUUCAGGCAAUGGAAAGAAGGAACUACUAAAAGCGAGACUUACUAUCCAGGUGACACUAUAGUGCAUGCGGUGGGAGAGGCGACCUCGGUUCAGUGGAGCGCUGGGACGUGGAUGGUGGAGUACGGGCGCGGGUUUAUUCCCUCCACGCUGGGAUUCGCUUUGGCCGACACCGUCUUCAGCACACAGGACUUUCUGACACUAUUUUAUACAGUUCGUGUUUACGUGAAGGGUAUGAUCCUGGAGGCGAGCACUUUCCUAACCGAGGCCAGCGUCCUUUGAAAAUCACACCGCGCUGUACAGUACGUCCCGUCCCUUCGUUAUUCGGAUAAUCGAUCACAGCGUCAGGUCAGAACCGACGACGUGUUGAAUUGGAUGUAUGGAAAGAAAGCACUUAAUGUAAUUAUUUUCCAACUAUGAAAGUUUUUAUUUUCCAUACUGUAUAGAGUUUAUCAAAUGUAUUUUCCAAAACAUAUUGGAAAAAAUGUGUGUAUGUGUGUGGGGUCCAGUGUCUGUGUUUGAACAUGGCAAGAUGUUUUAGCAGCUAAAUACUGUCCAGAAACGAUUAUAAUAAUGAGGUAUGGAUGCAAAUUUAAAUAAUAGUUUUCUGUAUUUCGAAAUCACCCUCUGUGCACCUUUAAUAUACUGUGAAUAUUGAUCGCUGCUUUGUUUUUCAUAAGAUACAUUUACAGUUUAAAACCGAUGUUCAGCCUGCGGUCCCUCCAGAAUAAAACCAUCAACAGUGUUGAAUAAGUCUA